AUGGACGCGGAGGGUGUGAAAUUGAUGGCAUUUCGCGCCGCGUUCGCCGAGGCCGGAAGCGCGACGUUCACAGCGACAACCAUGCCCUCGGCGACGACAGCAUCCCAGGAGGAGCUCAAGGCUCACCGCAUACCGCUCGGAUGGCGUGACCAGUGCUCUGCCCUUCUUAUCCCAUUGAACGUCUGCCGGAGGGAGCACUUGUACUUGCCAUGGGAGUGCGAGCAUGAGAAGCAUGCGUACGAGAAGUGCCAAUACGAUGAUUACGUGCGCCGUAUGAAGGCGUUGUCAAAGCUCAAGUUGAAGCAGGCGGAGGAGGCAGAGGAGGCAUAG